UGUCUCCGCGUGGCCAACUCGUCCUGUGCGUGCCGCUGGCGAUGGUGUGGCUGGUGCUGGGGGGACACUUGGCGGUGCUCGCCGAGCAGGACCACCAGCAAAUGUCCACCAUGAGCGACGCCCUCAAGUACCUUCACCAGCUCGACAAAUACUACUCGCAGGUCGCUAGACCCAGCACGCGGAGCGACACCUCCAUGACCUACGGAGGCGACGUUGACAUUUUCAGGGCAAAACAGGCCCUGAAAAUGCUCAAGCUGCAGGAACUGGACAAACUCUAUACGCAACGAUCUAGGCCAAGAUUUGGAAAACGGACGGAAGUACAUUUGCAAACUGAAGAACGUGAUAUAGCUGGUGUUUGGGGAGACAACGGAGUAAACGGGGACUACGAAACGAGAUGAUUUAUUUGCCAAUUAUAGUUAAUGUCUUUUUCUUUCCGCGUCUUUCCAAUUUGCGUUGCAACUUUCCGUCGAUCUCAUUUAACAUGUUUUGUCACCAAACACGCAACUUCCACUCGUCUGUUGAGAAAAAAAAAACAAUAUAUCUUUUGAAACAAUAAUAACGCAUGCGUGAAUUAUUAUAUAUAAGAA